AUGCAAAAUCCAAUAUUCUUUGGGCUUUAUGUGGUUCUUUUCAUCAUAAGCUUUUGCAUUGCACCAUUGGAUGGCGAGAAUGCAACUGCUGUAAAGGUUGAUGUUGGGAUAAUUCUCGAUUUGGACACACGUGUUGGAAUAAUAAGCCGGACUUGCAUGUCGAUGGCAAUUGAAGAUUUCUAUGCCAAUCACAAUUACAGCACAAGAAUUGUCACUCACCUGAGGAAUUCCAAGAGUGACGAUGUUGAUGCAGCAUCUGCAGGCAAGUUUAAUUGUUUGGCAUUUACUGCAGCCAUAGACCUGCUGAAAAACGUCCAAGUACAGGCGAUACUCGGGCCUCAAAGAUCAACACAAGCAGACUUUGUAAUCGAUCUAGGAAACAAAGUGAAAGUUCCAAUAAUUUCUCCAUCUUCAACUCCUUCUCUGUCUCCCAAAGAAUCUGGGUACUUCAUCAGAUCAGCACAGUGUUCAUCCUUCCAGGCUAAAGCCAUUGCUGGAAUUGUUAAAGCCUUUGGGUGGAGGGAAGUAAUAUUCAUAUACCAGGAUAACAAUUAUGGUAGUGGAAUAGUACCUUUCUUGACUGAUGCCAUGCUAGAAAUCGAUGCUUUCGUCCCCUAUCAAAGUAUUGUAUCUCCUUCAGCUACAGAUGAUCAAAUACUUCAAGAACUUUACAAGUUAAAGACUAUGCAGACUCGGGUUUUUGUUGUGCACAUGCUACCGUGUCUUGCUUCGCGCUUUUUUCUGAGGGCAAAAGAAGCAGAAAUGAUGACCGAGGGAUAUGCCUGGAUCAUUGCUGAUGUACUGACGAGUCUCUUGGAUUCUGUGGAUUCAAUGGUUAUUGAUGCAAUGCAAGGCGUAAUAGGGGUGAAGGCUCAUAUCCCAAAAUCUAAUGAACUCGACUACUUCACUAGAAGAUGGAGAAAGAAAUUCCACGAUGAGAAUCCAGACAUGGAUAGACUUGAUCUCAAUGUUUAUGGGCUGUUGGCAUAUGACACGGUUAUGGCAUUGGCAACAGCUGUGGACAAAGUUGGUACUGUUGUCCCGCAGUUUAAAAAACCAGUGACUAGAGAGAACUCGACAGACCUGGAUGCAAUUGGAACUUCAAAUAUGGGACCAACACUUGUUGAAUCAGUUAGGAAUAUUAGAUUCAAAGGUUUAAGUGGCGAUUUCCACAUCACUGAUGGACAACUACAGCCAUCUGCAUAUGAGAUUGUGAAUGUAAUUGGUAAAGGAGAAAGGCGAAUUGGAUACUGGACUGAACAACAUGGCAUUUCGAAGACAAUUAAACCGCAUGGUAAAGCUGUGUAUUCGACUGACAAGGAUGAUCUUACAGCCAUAGUUUGGCCAGGUGAGACUGGAGUUAUUCCGAGAGGCUGGCAAAUGCCAUCUGGUGGGAAGAAGUUGAGAAUCGGAAUUCCUGUCAAAAGAGGGUUCAGUGAAUUUGUAAAAGUGGAAAAGGACCCUGAAAGAAAUGAAGUUAUUGCAACUGGUUUCUGCAUGGAUGUGUUCAAAGAAGUGAUAAAUGCAUUGCCUUACUUUGUCUCAUACGAAUUUAUUCCUUUCGCAACCUAUGAUGGUCAUAGUGCUGGAACUUACGAUGAACUUGUUUACCAGAUCUUUCUCAAGAAAUAUGAUGCAGUUGUUGGAGACGUGACCAUUGUAGCCAACAGAUCCAGGUUCGUCGAUUUCACCUUACCUUUCACAGAAUCUGGUGUGUCAACAAUUGUACCAAUCAAGAAUGAUGAGAGGAAGAAUGCCUGGAUUUUCAUGAAACCUCUUACAAAGGACCUCUGGUUAACAAUUGGAGGAUUUUUCAUCUUCACUGGAUCCGUGGUUUGGGUUAUCGAGCAUCGUGUGAACAAAGAAUUUAGAGGUCCACCUUCCCAACAAAUUGGAAUGAUCUUCUGGUUCUCCUUCUCAACACUUGUUUUCGCCCAUAAGGAGAAAGUAGUAAGCAACUUAUCAAGAUUUGUGGUUAUUGUAUGGGUGUUCGUGGUUCUUGUACUGACAUCAAGUUACACAGCCAACUUAACAUCCAUGUUAACCGUACAACAGCUUCAACCUACUAUAACUGAUAUCUACGAUCUGAUAAAAAAUGGAGAAUACGUUGGCUACCAAAGUGGUUCCUUUAUUCCUGGACUCCUGAUUGGCAUGAAGUUUGAUGGCUCCAAAUUUAGAAAUUAUAGCACUUACGAGGAGUACGACGAAGCCCUUUCCAGAGGUAGCAGAAAUGGUGGAGUUGCUGCAAUUGUUGAUGAAAUUCCUUAUAUUAGGCCUUUCCUUGCUAAGCAUUGCCGCAAGUACGCCAUGGUUGGUCCAACCUACAAAGCCGCUGGCUUUGGAUUUGUAAGUCCCUAUUCUCAAAUUCCUCAAAGUUUCUGA